AUGGCUGAUGCAUUUUCAAAUGAAUUUGCUGUUAUAUUGAAAGGAAUGAUGGAAAGAUCUGAAAAGGAAAUUAGAGAAUCUAAAUUUGCAGAAUUAAUGAACAAACACGUUGCAGCAAGUUCUGUCCCAAAAGGCAUCCAUUGUCUCUCUUUGCGAACCACUUCGCAUAUACCGUUAGCUAUAGUGUUAGUUUUGUUGCUGAAUCAUAUUCGCAUAUAUUUGCCAGAGCUCUUCCCGAAUCUUGACAAAGUGGUUUUCUUGGAUGAUGAUAUUGUGAUUCAACGUGAUUUAUCCCCACUUUGGGGAAUUGACCUUGGUGGAAAGGUCAACAAAGUGGUUGAAACCUGCAAAGGUGAUGACACGUGGGUGAUGUCGAAGCGGUUUAGAGCCUACUUCAACUUUUCUCACCCGUUGAUAUCCAACAAUCUGGGUCCAAAUGAAUGUGCUUUGGCUUAUGGGAUGAAUAUAUUCAACUUGCGUGCAUGGAGAAGAACGAAUAUUAGAGAAACAUAUCACACGUGGCUGAAAGAUGUGCUUGCAUACGACAAGCGGAAUAGGACUUUUGAAUAG